GAGAGAGAGAGAGAAAGAGAGCGAGAGAGAGGGGGGAUUCACUCAACAGGAGUUUCUGUAGUCCAAGUUGUCCAAGGCUACUCUAACUUGCUGUUCCGCUGUGGGCCAGGUGUACGCUUGGACUUCACAGAGAGAAAUGUCCCAAUAGAGACUAUUGAAUAGACUACACUCCGCUUGGAUUACGUGCACGCUGCCGUCUGUCGGGAGAACGUUCCGUUCCGUUCCACCCGUUCCAGGUAACGCGCUAUCCCGGGCGCUCAUGGUCCCCGGGCCUGCGGUGACAUGUACCAGGGACUAGGCAUGGCGACCAACCACGGACACCCGCCAUACGAGGCCAGCUUUCUGCACACCCCCACGGCCUCCCCUCCCGUGUACGUGCCGCCCUCCCGCGUGCCCCCCGUGAUCCCGGCACUCCCGUACCUGCAGACUCACGGCGCUGCGCAGCCGAGCAGCCCGGUACCGAAUCACUCGGCCUGGGCGCAGGUGGGUCCGGAGACCGGGUCCUCUUACAGCACUGCCAGCGUGCACCACUCCCCGGUGUCACCGCGGUUCACCUUCUCCGCGAGCUCGCCGUUAACCUCCGGGGUCGCCACGGCGCGGGAAACCACCACCUACACGAGCCCCCUGAACAUAUCCGCCAACGGGAGAGAGUCGUAUGGGGCGCGAGGUCUUAACGGCUCCUACCCGGGCCCUUACCCGGCCUACGUGAGUCCGAGCAUGGGGUGCACUUGGCCGGCUCCUCCGUUCGAGAGCUCCGUACUGCACAGCCUCCAGCCAGGGGCGUCCGGUAACACUCCGCGGCAUCCAAACCUAGAUGUGUUUGAUGACUUUGUGGAGGGGCGUGAGUGUGUGAACUGUGGGGCCAUGUCCACUCCCCUGUGGAGGAGGGACGGCACUGGACACUACCUGUGCAACGCCUGCGGUCUCUACCACAAGAUGAACGGCAUCAACCGCCCCUUAAUCAAGCCACAGAGACGCCUGAGUGCCUCCAGGCGUGUGGGUCUGUCCUGCACUAACUGCCACACCAGCACCACCACACUGUGGAGACGCAACGCUGAGGGGGAACCCGUCUGCAACGCCUGUGGCCUCUAUAUGAAGCUGCACGGGGUGCCGCGCCCGCUGGCCAUGAAGAAAGACGGAAUCCAGACGCGCAAACGCAAACCCAAGACCCUCAGCAAGCCUGGAGUCCCAGCCUUGGAUAGCCACGCCCCCUCCAGCACUCCCAGUUCCAGGAGCAAUGUAGACGAGCCUCGACCAAUCAAAACAGAGCCCGACACACACACACUCUACACACACCAUCACCUGCACACACAGGUGUACCUGGGCUCUCCCGCCGCCACUCUGAAGCAUCCCACCCCAGCAGGCUCCAAGAGCGACCCCUGGAACAGCCUCAUACUGGCCUGAGAGCACACACACACACACACACACACACACACACACACACACACACACACACACACACACACAAACACAUACCGACCCCUGAAACAGCCUCAUACUGGCCUGAGAACACACACACACACACACACACACACACACACACACACACCGAGCCCUGGAACAGCCUCAUACUGGCCUGAGAACACACACACACACACACACACACACACACACACACACCGAGCCCUGGAACAGCCUCAUACUGGCCUGAGAACACACACACACACACACACACACACACACACACACACACACUACCACUCCAACACCAGACUGUUCUUCACACUCCACUCUAAACACAAACAGGCUCUGCAGAACACACACACACACACACACACACACACACACACACACACACACACAUACCAAGCCCUGUAACAGCCUCAUGCUGGCCUGAGAACACACACACACACACACACACACACACAUGCCACAGAACAACAGAGAACAACAGAGACUACAGAACAAUACAUGCCGUUGAACAGCUAACAGUGGACACACACUGAUAACAGUGGAGACACACAUACAGCUAACAGUGGACAUUGAAAACUUGACUCCUACUGAAACCACACACACACACACACACACACACACACACACACAC